UCGGAGCUGGAUAGUCAUGGAGUUGAAAAAAGAAAAUCCGGAUAAAUAUUACAACUUUAAUGAGGAAAUUGGAAGAGGUAAAUACGCCGUUGUCAAAAAUUGCUCAGAUAAUAAAACGAGGAAACAAUUAGUUGCCAAGCUGAUCAAGUACGAUGCUGACACCGAGAAGAACACAAAACAAGAAUUCGAGAUAAUGGCGACUCUCAAACAUGACAAGCUGCUGACGGUUCGAGAUGGAUUCAUCGUCCAAAAAUAUGUAGUUAUCGUAAUGGAUAGGAUCGAAGGAAAAGAGGUACUCGAAUUCCUGGCAGAAAAAACUACGGCAAGUGAAGAGGAUGCAUCACUUGUCAUUGCUCAGCUUGUUGAGGCUCUUACUUAUCUGCACAAGCAAAACAUCGUUCAUCUGGAUAUCAGGCCGGCAAACCUUUUUAUGUCAAGAGACUUUAAACUGACUCUGAUCGAUUACGGGAACGCCAGGCAGAUCCAGUCUCCCAACGGUCAAUUCGUUGACGCAGUUGGAGUCACUGAGUUCACAGCUCCAGAGGUACUUAACUUUGAGAUGACCCAUUGGGGAGCUGACAUGUGGAGUGUGGGAGUACUCCUGUACAUAUUGUUGAGUGCUACCCUGCCGUUCACCAUAGAGGACAGUGACGACGAAAAUGCUGAUGACAAAGUUGCUGCGAAAGUCAAAUCAGUCGCAUAUGAAAUGCCUGUCGGCUUGUUUCGCAACGCUACACAAGAAGCCGAAAAUUUGAUCAAGAAACUUCUUAUUAGACAGCCUGAGAGACGACCUUCAGCUUCAUCCUGCCUGGAUGAUCCUUGGCUCUCGCCCAUCCUUACCCAGAAGAGAAAAUCCUCCGAAAUACCAGCUUCAAAAUUUAAAGUCCUAAAUGACCAACUGAAAGAGGCGGAAGAAGACGAACUGGUUGUUGCUUCGUGCGUUCUCCGCUCAUUUGACGAAGAUGUUUAUGAGUCCCCUGAGGAGGAAGAGGAGGAAGAGGAGGAGGAGUAGAAAUAAAAAAAAAAACUUCCUCCAAACCGAUGUACAAAGCUGCCGUGACUCUCAAGAGGAAACCAAAUGAGAGCAAAUAGUAAGAUAUGAGAUCUAAGAUGAGACUGUCGUCUUUCUUAAAACGCUGGUUCUCGAAGGAUGAGCGCUUUAUAGGAGAAGGAAAGAGAUGCGAGAGUAACAGACAAGACUCAGAAACACUUUUGUAUAUCUUAGUGGAUUGGGAAUAAAGUUUCUUUGACUCCCGA